GUUGCUGAGAUCAUGUGAUCCACAAUGACAAAAGGGUGUAUUUUGUUACCAGGCCAUUUUGUAAUUGUCUUAAGUAGAAAAAAGACCAGAGCACCAGUAGUCAAGCCAGAGCAAACCUGUUUGACUGGUUAAGCUGGGAGGUGUACAUGGACCCUGUAGAGGGCCGUGACCUGAUUCAUUGCGUGUGGCUGACAGGGUAACGGUUUCUUCGGAUUAUUGCUAUGAUUCAGAAGAGGAGGAGGAAUCAUUUUCAGUCUUUUCAGUGCAGGCACAUGGACCGCAUGACGGGGAGCUUGCUGUGAAUGAGGUUAACAUCCCUCUUGCAACAGCUGCUGCAAAUAACGGCAACCAUGAUUCCUUGGAUCAACCUUCGUUAAUCGCACCAGUGCUGCAUCACUUUCAAAUGAAUGUGGGACUUAAUGUCCCUGCUAUUCAGCUGGACCAUGUGGCUGGUAUACUGGGAGACAUUGCCGUGCCACAGCAAGAAACAAUAAUGGGCCAUAACGGACCAUCUGCCCUGGUCGUGGGCCACCCAUUGCAACACCUACCGCUCAUUCCAGGACCAGUGCAAAUUGUUGCACCUAAUGUCCCUCAGCAAGAGAGCCAAGAAGGGCAACAAGGACGUUCUGAGAUGUUGGUGGGCAGGCUAUCUCAGGAGCUGCUUCAAAGAUGGUUACAUCAUUACAGGGAUCGACAACAACCCAGACCAAGAGACCGCUAUCCCAACAAUGCAAUAGUUAGACAACUGCAGUGUUGGCCCCAACAGGCUGAUUCGUGUGUUCUAAAAUUGGCCAAUGUUAGGAUGUUAAGAGAAAAAGCUCGUCAAGGAAUUGGAGUGUGUCUGACAAGUAACCCAUUCUAUCUCAAAGGUUGCAGAAUGUGUAUUCAAGUGUACCUGAAUGGUGAUGGUAUUGGACGAGGUACACAUCUCUCUGUCUUCUGUGUACCGAUGCAUGGGGAAUAUGGCAACGGACUACAGUGGCCAUUCGGACAACAAGUCACUGUAACACUACAAGACCAGUCUGGCAAUGGGCAUCACAUUGCCCGCCCACUGCCCACCCCUCCACAACCCCCCAUAGUGAUGAACGUAGCGUCUGGUGCCCCCCAGUUUGCUCCACUGAAUGUGUUGACUGACAACGACUACGUCUCGGAUGAUACCCUCUUCUUAUUGGUCAGACUACAUCCAUGAACUGGCACAGUUUGCACCAAAUUGAAUUAACGUGACUGUGUAUAUCUGUAGCAAACUUAGGGAACCACGGCAAUGCAUUCAAGCUAGUGUGCUAUAAUUUAUUUUGUGUAAUAGAUCACUUAUCACGGCAUCCCCAAUCAUGUACACAGGUGUAUAUACCCCACCCCCUCUCUAUCACUCAAUCUUCCUUUAAUUUUUGUCUCUCUCGAUCAUUACUUAUUAUUGAGCUGUCCAUGGAACAAGUUAUUUUGCUGGGAGCAAAUACAUUAUAUAAUGUGCCUAUAAA